UCAGACGCGGUGCCGGAGAGGAUGGGAGCGCGCGGGGCGCCGGCCCUGCUCCUGCUGUGUGCGGCGGCCACGGGGGCCACGGAGAACGCCAGCACGACCCGCGGCUGCGGGCUGGGCCUCCUCCCGCAGUACGUGUCCCUGUGCGACCUGGACUCCAUCUGGGGCAUCGUGGUGGAGGCGGCGGCCGGCGCGGGCGCCCUGAUCACGCUGCUGCUGCUGCUCAUCCUGCUGGUGCGGCUGCCCUUCAUCACGGAGCCGGAGAAGCGGGAGCCGCUGGGCCUGCACUUUCUCUUCCUGCUGGGCACGCUGGGCCUGUUCGGCCUCUCCUUCGCCUUCGUCAUCCGCGAGGGCGAGGCGGUGUGCGCGGCGCGCCGCUUCCUGUGGGGCGUGCUGUUCGCGCUCUGCUUCGCCUGCCUGGCGGCGCAGGCCUGGCGCGUGCGGGCGCUGGGGCGGCGCGGCCGCGGCCCGCCGGGCCCGCAGCUGCUGGGCGCCGCGCUCGGCCUGACACUCGUGCAGGUGGUCAUCGCGGCCGAGUGGCUGGUGCUGACGGUGCUGCGCGCCGCGCGGCCGGCCUGCGCCUACGAGCCCGCCGACUUCGCGCUGGCGCUGGGCUACGCCGCGGCGCUGCUGGCGGCCGCGCUGGCGCUGGCGCUGCGGGCGCUGUGCGGCGGGGCUGGGCGCUGGCGGCGGCGCGCGGCCGGCCUGCUGCUCACCGCCACGCUCGCCGCGCUCGUCUGGGCCGCCUGGCUCGCCAUGUACCUGUACGGCAACGCGCGGCUGCGGCCCAGCGGCGCCUGGCGCGACCCCAGCCAGGCCGUGGCGCUGGUGGCCAGCGGCUGGGUGUUCGUGCUGUGCCACGCCGUCCCCGAGGUGCGCUGCGCGCUGCUGCCCGCGCCGCGCCGCCCCGCGCCCGACCUCUUCGCCGCGCCGCCCCGGGCGUGCGAGCCGGCGCUGGAGGAGGACGCGCCGCCCUGCCUGGACAACAAGGCCUUCGCCUUGGAGGAGCCCGGCGCAGCUCUCCGGACAGCAGGGUUCCGCAACAGCAGUUUGGGAAGCAGACCCAGCGCUCCGUUUAGAAGCAAUGUGUACCAGCCGACUGAGAUGGCUGUGGUGCUGAAUGGCGGGACUAUCCCAACUGCACCACCGAGUUACACGGGAAGACACCUCUGGUGAGAGCCGCAGGCGACCUCUGAGGGCUCACCCGCUGUCUCUGGAGGAGUCAGGCACCUCCGGCCGGAGCUCUGGAACCCCAGGCCAGGGCCAGUGUACUGUGAGCCCGCUGCCCGGGAGGCUGUCCUCCCUCACCGCCCCUGCAGCGAAGCUAGCUGCCUGUAGUGUUAGCUCCUCACAAGCAGCAGCAAGCCCGUGCUCCUCCGGGGGCUGGGGCACCACGGCCCGCGGCCUCCUGGAGGUGGCGCCCAUGGGGGGCCCACGGGGCUUCCGCCUGCACUUUCGGGGUCAGGAGCAGUUCGGGAGGCUGUGGGUGUGAGUCAAAGGAGAGGCCUGGAGGUGUGUCAGGUGCCGAAGGGGUGCGGUCUGGGAGCGGGGUGACCAUGGCAGUCAGAAAGUGGCCAUCUGCCACUGCGUUUUCCGGGCCCGAACCCCUGUCCCAGGCAGAGAAGCGAGGCGCUCCCUACCUGGCCUCAUUCAUUUCAAAGGCUGGCCUGGGGCCUCCAGCUUGAAGCCCGGGGGCAGGGCGGUGGAGGGUGGCACUGCUGCUUGGCAUGUGGCGAGCUGGGUGCAGCAUGGAGCUUUCUGCAGGUGCGGGGAGUGGUGCAUCACUAACUUGGUGCCUGCAAGGUCCAUGCAAAUGGUUCAAGCCCUCCAAGCCCAUUGCCUGUCGUGGCUCCCACCUGUCCCCAGCAAUUCCCCCUCCCUCUACCACCCUCCCCCCCCCCCCCCCAAUUCCAAGGGCUCAGCACCAGUCCUCACUGCACUGCUAACAAUUCUCAGUGAGUCUCAGCUGGCGGCUUGGGGCAGUAACUUGAACCUUUAGAAAACUGGGAAAGGUUAGUAUUUGGUGAGGGGAACUGGCCUCUCAUAACCAAUGUGUCUGAGCUGUGUGUGUUUUAAUGAACCUGACUUUUCUCAAGGCUAGUCUCUGCUGCCCACGCCCAGCCCAGGGUCCGGCCGUUCUCAGGACCCCACCCCAGCCCUGUGGCAGGAGCAGCAGGGGCAGUGGGAACUGGGGGUGGGGUGGGUUAGGGGGAGGGAAGGGGCAGUUGCACACAGACCCAGAAUUCUCAAAAU